GAUAGCCAUGGAUAAGAGUGAGUUAGUACAGAAAGCCAAACUGGCUGAGCAGGCCGAGCGUUACGAUGACAUGGCUGCUGCUAUGAAGGCUGUCACUGAGCAAGGACAUGAACUGUCCAAUGAAGAAAGGAAUCUCCUCUCAGUUGCCUACAAGAACGUGGUCGGUGCCCGCCGCUCAUCUUGGCGUGUGAUUUCCAGCAUUGAACAGAAAACAGAGAGGAAUGAGAAAAAACAGCAGAUGGGAAGAGAAUAUCGUGAGAAAAUUGAGGCUGAAUUGCAAGAUAUCUGCAAUGAUGUUCUGGAACUCCUGGAUAAAUACCUGAUUGUCAAUGCCACGCAGCCGGAAAGCAAGGUCUUCUAUUUGAAAAUGAAAGGCGAUUACUACAGAUACCUGUCAGAGGUGGCAUCUGGGGACAAUAAGCAAACAACGGUAGCAAACUCUCAGCAAGCUUACCAGGAGGCAUUUGAAAUUAGCAAGAAAGAGAUGCAGCCAACGCACCCCAUUCGACUUGGGUUGGCUCUCAAUUUCUCUGUCUUCUAUUAUGAGAUUCUCAAUUCUCCUGAAAAAGCCUGUAAUCUGGCCAAGACGGCAUUUGAUGAAGCAAUAGCAGAGCUGGACACGCUGAAUGAAGAGUCUUACAAAGACAGCACUCUCAUCAUGCAGCUGCUUAGAGACAACCUCACUCUAUGGACGUCGGAAAACCAGGGAGAUGAAGGUGAUGCUGGGGAGGGAGAGAACUAAUGGCUGUCACGCUUCACUAUAUGUUCAAUGUCACCCUGUAUCCUACACAUAUAUCCCUUUGUGCGACAAGCAAAAAGAAUAGUACAUCGACUUUCACAACCUCAACGUAGCAAAAACUGUCUGUGGGGUAAAAACGGUUGGUUGGUGUUCUGUGUUCUUAAAACGGAGGUCGGUUAUUACAAUGGCAUUCCGAAUUUUCCUAUUAUGAACAUUUACAGUUAUGAUUACCGUGUUUAUAUUUUUAACUGAACACUGUGAUUAUGGGUUUUGUGAUUGCAAUUGACUUUACAAAACUCUUAUUGGUAGAAAAAUAAACAUCAAUUAUGUAACAGUGGAAAGUAAAAUUUGGCACCGAAAUAGUCGAAGUACAAUUCUGUUGUAAAGUUGUACAGAAAGUUAUAGAGAUUCUAUUGUGACACUGGGGCAUGGAAGGAAAACAAUCCGAUGUAUGGCAUUCCAGUUAGUAACACACUGCUAUGAGUUAGUUUAACAGGCACAUGUAGACAUUUUUAACCAAGUCUGAGGCACCGCUUUCAGUCAAAAGCUCACUUUGUCAAUCCUAUCUUUCUGAGGAUCGGGUUUGUUUUGAGGAGGAGGGUAAUGGGGGAGCUAGCAGCUUGAUUUCCAAACUCUUUACACUGGCAAAUAACUGGGAUUUGACUUCUAAAAUUGGUUUUGUGCUCAUACAACAUGCAUGACUAAGCCCCUUCCCACAGCAAUAACUUAAUUAUAUCUUCGAUAUUCUUCAGUAGUGAGAAUUCUUGGUUCACUAUCAUGGACUUGCAAUAGCAGAAGAUUCAAUUUUUUGAAUGGCCUUAUUAGUUUGGAUGAUACCAUGAAGUGAUCUGCCACUUUUGCAUUACUA